CUCUGCGCCGCCAAAAUACACGUGUGGCUAAAGUGGAACGGCGCGACGCGGUGGAAGGUGUCCGGAAAAAAGCGAAGGAACUGGUGAUUUAAUACAGAAACCAUGGGUAAAAAACUGAAAGUCGGGAAAACCAGAAAGGACAAAUUCUACCAUCUCGCAAAAGAAACGGGUUAUCGCUCCAGAUCGUCGUUUAAGCUGAUUCAGCUCAACCGGAAGUUCCAGUUUCUGCAGCGAGCUCGAGCUCUGGUGGAUCUGUGCGCGGCUCCAGGAGGAUGGUUGCAGGUGGCGUCGAAGUUCAUGCCGGUGUCCAGCCUGAUUAUCGGUGUGGAUCUGGUGCCGAUCAAACCCAUCCCGAACGUGGUCAUGCUGCAGGAGGACAUCACCUCGGAGAAGUGCAGACAGGCUCUCAGGAAGGAGCUGCAGACGUGGAAGGUGGAUGUUGUGCUGAACGACGGCGCGCCGAACGUUGGAGCGAACUGGUCGCACGACGCCUUCUCGCAGGCCAACCUCACGCUGAUGGCGCUCAAGCUGGCCUGCGAGUUCCUGACCAAAGGCGGCACCUUCAUCACCAAAGUCUUCCGUUCCAAAGACUACCAGCCGCUCAUGUGGAUCUUCCAGCAGUUCUUCAAGAAGGUGCAGGCCACCAAACCGCAGGCCUCCCGAAACGAGUCCGCCGAGAUCUUUGUCGUCUGCCAGGGUUUUUUGGCUCCGGAUAAAAUUGACAACAAGUUCUUCGACCCCAAACAUGCUUUCAAAGAGGUUGACAUACAAGUGAAAUCUGUCAACGAGCUGGUUAGCAAGAAAAAGCCCAAGGCUGAAGGCUACAGCGACGGCGAUCUCACUCUGUAUCACACCUUCUCGGUGACCGAAUUCUUAAAAGCCGAAAACCCUGUCGAUUUCUUGAGCAAAGCCAAUGAAAUAACCUUCAAUAACCCCGAGCUGGAAUCGCACCCCAUCACUUCACCAGAAAUCAGAGAGUGCUGCUGCGAUAUUAAAGUCCUGGGCCGAAAGGAACUGCGUCUGCUGUUGUCAUGGAGAUCCAAGCUGAGGAGGUUCCUGGCUAAAAAGCUGAAACAGGAUGCCAAGCAGCUGGACCAGGAAAUGAGCUCAAAUGACGAUGAUAGCGAUAUUGACGAGAAGGAAAGCAAGAGAAAGGGAGGCGAACAGAAGGAUGAGGAGAACGCAGCAGACGGGGAGGAAGAGGAGAUGGAGAAGAAGCUGGCGGAGAUGAAAGCCGAAGAGUUCGCCGAACUCAAACGGAAGAAGAAGAAGCUGCUGAAGGAGAAGCGGAAGCAGAGGGAGCGAGUGGAGCUGAAGAUGGAUCUUCCCGGCGUCUCAAUCGCCGAAACCAGCGAUUCCUCCAUGUUUUCCCUCAGCGCCAUCAAGAAGGCCCAGGGUCUGAGUGAAAUCACACAGGGAGACAUGAAGGGAGCCGACGCUUUAGUGGACGAGGAGGAAGCGGACGACCUGCACAUCUCUGCAGACGAAGACGAGGACGAGCGAAUGUCUCUGGCCUCUGACCUUGACUCAGACGACCUCGAGGAGAUCGAGAAGAAGGAGAAAGAAAUCGAGGAAAAGAUGCCUAAGAAGAAAAAAGUUUCGUUCGCCGGCGAGCCGCAGGACGAAGGGGAAGCGAACGGGAACAAGUUACUCGUCGAACUGGAAGGAAAAGACGAGAAGAGAGAGCGCGAGACCAGCAUGUGGUUCAGCAAGGACAUCUUUGCCGAGCUGGAUUUGGACGACGACACCGAUGCCUUGAGCGAACUGAAACAAACCCAGCUGCUGCAGACCGGAAAAGGCAAAAAGAGGAAAGUGGAAGAGGAGGCGGAGCCUGCCGUGCAGAAACAGGAAGUGGCCGCACCCUCACAGGAAGUGAAUGCGGAUGAAGACAACAGCGACUCUGAUGACGACAGCAGCGAUGAUGAAAGAGAAAUUGCGCAAAUGAAACAAGCCUCGGCAGCUGUUGGCGCGAGUGGAGCAACGGAUGACGACAACUUUCAAGUUGUUUCUGUUGAAAAAAUAAACAAACGUGUGCGAAUUCUCAACGCGGAGGGUUUGGCGCUCGGCACUCAGAUCGCUACGUCCAAAAAGCGAGCGCGAGACCUGAUCGACGGCUCCUUCCACAGGUUUGCGAAUUCUGAGGAUAUGACCGAAGUUCCCGCCUGGCUUUUUGACGAUGAAAAGAAGCACCGGAAGAGGCCUGUUCCCAUCACCAAGGAAAUGGUGGAGGAAUACAAGCAGAAAUGGCGGGAAAUCAACGCCCGGCCAGUCAGACGCGUCGCAGAGGCCAAAGCGCGCAAGAAGAGACGGAUGUUGAAGAAGAUGGAGCAGGCCAAGAAGAAGGCCGAAGCUGUGGUGGACACGGUGGAUAUUUCAGAGCGAGAGAAGAUGGCUCAGCUCAAGAGCAUCUACAAGAAGGCCGGCGUGGGGAAGGAGAAGCGAGACAUCACGUACAUCGUGGCUAAGAAGGGCGUGGGACGCAGGGUGCACCGUCCCGCCGGAGUCAAGGGCACUUUCCGCGUGGUGGACGGGCGGUUGAAGAAAGACACGAGAGCCGCGCAGAGGAAGGAGCAGAGGGGGCGGGGCAAAGGAGGGCGUGGCCAUAAAGGAGGGCGGGGCAUGAAGGCCGGAAAAGGCCAUGCGAAUAAGAAGUGAUGGACGCCCGUCUCGUCCUCAUUCAGACCGAUUGAUUGAGCUGCUCGUGUCAUUUACGAGUCUAUAGCGCUAUACGCUAAUCUCCUUGUCCGGCCCAGCCCUUUCGUUACCGAUGACAUGUUGUUUUGCUUGGACUUUGACUCAUGUGAUUAUAAAUAAGGGUUUAAACCCUUCCAGCAGUCAGACGCAGUUCAGACUGAUGAUGUUUUUCAGCAUUGUUAUAAUGCUGCGUGUUUUCAUGUCUAGCGUAUACUUUGUAGUAUAUGAACGUCAGGUGUAUACGUGAACUUCCUGAUCUUUCUGAAUUAAUUAUGCCAAUUUAUAUGUGAAAAACCUGCUUGGAUUGUUAGUAACAUUUUAAAUAAAUGAAAACUGA